UUAUAAAUAUGCAUUCUGCAUAAAUGAAAACGGCCAUUUUUGUAGUAAAUGUUGCAUAAAUGUACAAGUAUGCGACUUUGCCAUUUCAGUGAAAACCAUAUAUCAGAUUUCUGUACAGUCACUAAAAUUCUCUAAAUGCAUAGUAUUUAACAUGCACAGCUAAUAUUUUAAACAUGUACGUGAGUAAAUAAGAUGAUUGACAUUCAAGUGACCCCCUGUGCGCAUGUCGCUCUCUUACAGUCUAAAGUCUGGCGCGCAUAUGUUUAAUUUAGUUUUAUCGAGUAGAUGGAGAUUAAAUAGCGGGCAUGGUGCAACACGGGGAAGUUGUUACUCGUAUUAUCCGAAGAUAAACACGGGAAUAGCCGUAUUAAUUAGCCAUGGCAUGGUACGCUUUUUAUUUGUAAUGCAUCACCGUUUCGUGUGAAUGUGCCCUUUGCCCCUUUAUUUACAGACUGAACUGCGCCAUAGAAAUCCCGAUUUUACCCCCUGCCGUCUGCUCUCCGUUGCACGUUCCCUCCAUGCACCUGCGGACACAUAUAUUCGUAUAUUCGUGUGUUACGAGGUUUCUUUCGUUCGCUGCGACUCGGAUACAAAAGUUGCGUUAUGGUGCACGAAAGUUCAGCUCGUGAGCAGUUACUGCUAAUGUGCUAAUGCGCGCUCGAGAUCUCGGACAAGCCGGCCGAAUCAGUCUCUGAUAUAAAACAUCGCUUAAUAUCCUUUAUUGACAGUAUACGGAACUGUCGGUUUGAAACGUCAUCGAGAUAAUGACAUACGUUUGACCGUUCUAUUUGCCCGCAUCCAAGUCAACCGGCUUUACGUAUUUGCGCGCGACGCUUUGACAUUUACUAGUCGCGAAAAUAUAUGUUUGCUAUUUGCUAUUCUGCUUUAUAUUCGCACGAUUGCAGGGUAACUUGUACUGGAGUUUGUAUUGGAGGGGCGUUUACCGUUUCGAAGCUAACAGCAGCAGCAGAAGCGGUUUGAUGGGCAGAUAAUGGGCUGUCUGGAGUUUGACAAGCAGCUUAUGUAAUGCUGGCGAUUCCCCCGCUCGACCGACCGCCAGUCUUGGCCCAAAAAACAAGAAUAACGACGAUUAUUCAGAGCGCGACGUAAAGUUUCUCUUGCACGCGACGUCGUGAAGGCGUGAGAUGUUUUCGCGGCUCGCGCUGCUGUGAAACACCGUGUCGACGCAGCAACGCGUCUUGUAAGAUCUUGUAACAUUUAUUGACCAUGAGGGAAGUUAACCGAGCAACUGUCGCGAACAUGAUCUGAACCAUAUUACAGCUUUGGACUACAGAAAUGCACUUUUCUUCAUAAAUCUCAUAAAGGAUCAAGAUUAUGGAUCGUGGACUGAAACGUGGCAAUAAUGAGGCAGACAGUUUAACAUUCGGGGAUUGUAUUGAAAGAGGCCUCGUGCCUGAUAUUGCUGUCAGUGUAUCCACUUUAAAUACACAAAGCGAUUUCUCAAACGGACUGAGUUGUAGUGACAAUCACAAACAUCUCUCGAUGGCAGAGCCAUCCCCAAUAGGACAUAACAUCCAGGAACCAGAUGUUAAGAUAUUUAAACCCUUCAGAAUGCAGCACCAGCAAAAGGUAAAAGAGCCCCUUGGUCUCUGCAUUGGGGAGAACUUUUCUCUCUUGGACGAGAGCAUUGCGAACUUAAAUCGAAGUUCUGGCCUCCACGUCCCCGACACUUUCACAGUGAAAAUGGAGGAGUUUUCUCCUAUGGAUAAAGACUUUCCAUCCUUUGGCCAGCAGGAUAAGGAUGGUAAUGAGAGACUUAUUGCAGACAACACCUUGGAUAUCCUUAAGGAUCUGGACUUUCCUGGCUCCCUAUCAGACCUGAAUGAGUACUACGUUUCCGAUGAGACUGCCUUUCUCUCGUCCCUGCAAGUGGAUGAUGCCCUGCUGGGAGAGAGCAACUUGCUGAAGGAGACCAGCCCUGUUGUCACUGGCAACAGCGCGACCUGUACAAAUGUGAACGGCACGGGAACGCGACAGCAGAUGGUGGAACCCAGUGUCAACAUGCCCGUCAUAAAGACGGAGAAAGACACAGACUUUAUCCAGCUGUGCACACCGGGUGUCAUCAAACAGGAGAAUGAGAGGCGGAGCUACUGUCAGAUGUCAGGAAUGGGUGGGUCUCAUUGCGGCUCCAACACGGUGGGAGAUAUGGGCGCACAGGGAUUCCACUAUGGAGCCAACACAGCUGUGAAUUUACCAGACCAGAAACCUGCGUUUGGCCUAUUUUCUCCCCUACCUGCCUUAAAUGACAGCUGGGUUCGAGGAAAUGGAUACGGGGAUCCAUCCGGAAUGCAGAGAGCCAAUGAGACAUUACUUCCGUCCAGCUACUCCUACAGCAGCUCUUUGGGACGGCCUGAAGUGAGCAGUUCCAGUUCAUCUGGAUCAGUCAAGCCUAGUGGUCAUAAGGUCUGUUUGGUGUGCUCUGAUGAGGCCUCAGGAUGUCACUAUGGGGUUCUCACCUGUGGUAGCUGCAAGGUUUUCUUCAAAAGAGCUGUAGAGGGAUGGAGAGCACGACAAAACACAGAUGGGCAACACAACUAUCUGUGUGCCGGCAGGAACGACUGCAUCAUUGACAAGAUCAGGAGAAAGAACUGUCCGGCCUGUCGCUUCCGCAAGUGUCUUCAGGCCGGCAUGAACCUGGAAGCUCGUAAAAACAGGAAGCUGAUGCGGUUAAAGGGUCCUCAGUCCUCGAGCGAGCAGGCCUCCCCUCUGCACGACGAGCAAGUGUGUUCACUUGUGCCCAAGGCCAUGCCACAGCUGGUGCCCACCAUGCUGUCCCUGCUCAAAGCCAUUGAGCCCGAGAUCAUUUACGCUGGCUACGACAGCACCAUCCCCGACACCUCCACCCGCCUCAUGACCACACUAAACCGGCUGGGCGGACGUCAGGUCGUAUCCGCCGUCAAGUGGGCCAAAGCACUUCCUGGCUUCAGAAACCUGCAUCUGGAUGAUCAGAUGACUCUGCUACAGUGCUCCUGGCUCUUCCUCAUGUCCUUCGGCUUGGGCUGGAGAUCUUACCAGCAGUGUGAUGGAGGAAUGCUGUGUUUUGCUCCAGAUCUCGUCAUCAAUGAGGAAAGGAUGAAGCUGCCCUACAUGAGUGACCAGUGUAACCAGAUGCUGAAAAUCGCCAGUGAGCUGGUCAAACUGCAGGUGUCGUACGACGAGUAUCUCUGCAUGAAAGUGCUCCUGCUUUUCAGCACAGUACCAAAGGAUGGACUCAAAAGCCAGGCAGUGUUUGAUGAAAUCCGCAUGUCAUACAUCAAGGAGUUGGGCAAAGCCAUUGUAAAACGAGAGGAGAACUCCAGUCAGAACUGGCAGAGGUUUUACCAGCUCACUAAACUCUUGGACUCCAUGCAGGAGAUGGUGGAGGGGCUCCUCAACUUCUGUUUCUACACAUUUGUGAAUAAGUCCUUGAGCGUAGAGUUCCCCGAGAUGUUGGCGGAGAUCAUCAGCCAUCAGCUACCAAAAUUUAAGGACGGGAGUGUCAAGCCACUUCUGUUCCAUCAGAAAUCACUGCCUUAGGACGUAGCAAUGCCUUAAAGCCACCCUUCCUCUACCAGCGAUAGUCCAACACACCCACUCGCCCCCAAACCUUCAGAGGGAGGAAGACAUGUUUAGCCCUUUACCUGAAUCAAGUUACAACACUUCAAGCCUUUGUGUCCACAUGGUGAAAAAUGACUUUGAGAAACACACCUUUUUAUCGAUAUUUUCUCUUUUUUUGCAUGUAAACUGCUGAAAUGUUUACAAAGGUAUAUCAAAAAAGGGAAAAUGUGCCUUUUUUGCGCUUUGCAAUGGUUUUGCAUACAUGCUUUUGUGUUGAUAUCUCACAUUCUUCAUUUUUUUGUUUUUGUUUUUUUUUUUGCUCUCAUACAGAGCGACUCUGAUGGUUCUGUAUAGUUGGCAGCUUAAGGGGCCAUUCACACCAAACGUGCUUUUGCGUCCAUCUGCGCUGUUUUUGAAUUGUUUUUCUAUGUAAACACACGCUAGGUUGACAUUUGACAAUUGUGGCAUGUUUUUUCAGCGUCUCGUGCGGAAGCGCACAACUUUUCAAAACGUGUCUUGAGACACCUGUAUCCUGUUCAUUUCAUUGCGCUGCAUCUAGAUUUCUUUUUUUAACACACGUUCGGUGUGAAUGGCCCUUAACACUGCGUCCUAACCAGACGUGACAAAGUGAAAGGGAUAAAAGCUCUUUUAUCGAUCAUUUGUUUCUAUUUCUGCAACAUCGCACCAUGUUUUUUUUUUUUUUUUUUAAAUACAUUUUUCUCCCGAUUUAAUAUGCAAAGACAAUUAUUAGCCAGUCAUUGGUUGAUUCCUUUGAAAAGCAUAACACUGUGGCUCUGUUGUGCUUUCAAACCAUUAUUAAACAUUAGAACAUUUGUACCACCUCAGAACAGCAAAAUUGACUUCAGGGCAGGACGAUCUGUUUGAAAACAGUCAUUAUUUUUGCAGUAAUAAAAACAUAUUAUUUUAGUUUGGUGGCAGAAAGUACAGACUUUUAACUGAAAUUUAAAUAUAUAAUUAUGAAUAUCUAAAUAUGAAUUAAGUGAAUUAUUAAAGAGUUUAUUUUGUUUGUUGAUUAAUAGCUCAGGUUUACUUAUGAACGGUCAAUAAAUGACCAUUUAUUGGCUAUUGCAUUCAUUUGGAUGUAAUUCAGAAAGCUGGUGGUCAUUCCUGAAUUUAAGGGAUGAAUUCAGGGUUAAUUCAUCAGAUUUCUAUCCAUCCAUUAUGGUCAGGUGUGGAACGGCAGCCCCGGUACAACCGCCCAGAUGAUUUGUUCACUGUGUGUUGAGCAUUAUUUUUAUUUUUAGUCAUUCUUUGGUUUUCAAAAAGCAGUUUUUAAUUUGACGUUUUUGAUUUCUCUUCACAUAUACUAAAUCUAGUAAUCGGAUAUGAGGCAUGCCAGUUUUUGAACACUUUUCAUGUUUUUUGCCUUUCAAGUAUCCCAGUGGUGCCGAGCCACAAACAUACUCCUUUGUAGUAACUACCAGAACAAAAGCAACAUUUGUUUUUCUGACUGCACAGGCGUGUGCUUGUUCAUUGUUACGUGUUAGCUACCAUUCAUGUUUGUACCAUUGGGUUUCACAUUUACUCGCAAAACGGCACCAGUUGAGUUUCACUCCCAGCUUAAAGGAAUAGUUCAUCCAAAAUUAAUAUUCUGCAUUAUUUACAUUAUUUUUUAUUUCUUUUAUAAGAAUCUACUUCGACUCUUUGCGACUCUUUUCCAUACAGCAGUUCAUAGUCACCACGUCCGUCAAGCUUCAAAAGCGACAAAAGCACCAUUAAAGCAAGUUAUACCGUGCGAUUCAUGGUAGGAAAGGACCCAAAUUUUACCACAAAUCUUCCCUCUGCGGCAGCUCUCAAAUCACAUUCUCCAUUCCGUGUAUUUAAACACAUGAAAGAACAAAUGGUGUUCGGCAUCAGUGAUGUCGAUGUGUUGCAGUGCUAUUUUUCUAAACUGAACGCGUACACAAAUGACAUUUUAGAGCUUUAGCUGAGGGGAAGAUUUUACAUGAAAUAUGACUUUUAUUUUGCUCUGUUCUCUUUAGAAGACAUGGAUUUAGUGCACUAUGGUGGGUUUUUAGUUCUUUUUGAAGCUUCACAUAGUCACUAUGAACUGUAAUGUGGAAAAGAGCUUGUAAAGAUUCUUAAACAAAUUCCCUUUGGAUAUCAUGGAGUAAAACAACAGCCUACGGGUUUGGAAUGAUGUGGGCGAAUAAAUAAUGGAAUCAUUUUCAUUUAUGGGUAAAGCACUCAUUCAUUAGGGUCAAGUAUUAGCCCAGACAUGAAGACAUCCCGUAUGGGAUGGGUAUUGUCUCACAUUUACUGCUUCAAUAUGGGACAUUUUGCCAUCCAACCCGGGGACAGUGCUCAAGACGAACACCCUGAGGGUAGACGGCUAAUUCUAUCCCUCAUUAGGGUUGCCAUCUGUCUAGUAUUAGCCAGGAUGUCCCGUAUUUUGGCCAAAAUGAAGACAAUCAGUACAGGAUGGGUAUUAUUCCGCAUUUAAGAGGUGAAACGUUCACGGGGGGCCUUGGCCCGAUUGGGUGGCGAACCACUACAAGGGAACCCCUCUGGUCGGACAGUGAAAUGUCUUGUAAUGAAGCAGCAAAAGGAAAAUGCUCAAAGGGGAGUACCUUGUGGGUGGACGGUCAACCCUAUCUUUCACUAGGGUAUCCAUCACUAGGGUUGCCAUCUGUCCAUUAUUAGCCAGGACGUCCUGUAUUUUGGCCAAAAUGAAGACGACCAGUACAUGAUGGGUAUUGUCUCGCAUUUAAGAGGUGAAAUUUUCACAGGGGCCCUUGGCCCAGUCGAGCGGUGAACCACUAUAGGGGAAUCCCUUUGGUCAGACAGUGAAAUGUCUCGUAAUGAAGCAGCAAAAGGAAAAUGCUCAAGGGGGAACACCUCGUAGGUGGAUGGUUAACCCUAACCUUCACUAGGGUAUCCCUCAUUAGGGUUGCCAUCUGUCCAGUAUUAGCCGGGAUGUCCCGUAUUUUGGCCAAAAUGAAGAUGACCAGUACGGGAUAGGUAUUGUCCCGCAUUUAGAGGUGAAACGUUCACGGGGGGCCUUGGCCCGGUUGGGCGGAGAACCACUACAUGGGAACCCCUCUGGUCGGACAGUGAAACGUCUCGUAAUGAAGCAGCAAAAGGAAAAUUCAUGGGUGGAUGGCUAAUCACUCAUUGUGGUGGGAAGGCAAACGUCUCAAGCAUCCUAUAUUCGCUUAGCGAAAAGUCGGCGACCACUCGCUGACCUUCUAAUCCGAGUUUCAUUCUAAUUUUAGGAUAUUAUUGCACUAGUUCCUUUAAAGCACUCACUCAUCAGGCCGAAAUAAAGACGUCCUGUAUGGGAUUGGUGUUGUCCUGCAUUCAAGGGGGGAAACUUUCUAUUAUUGCAGGCAUUUUACAAAGCUUCUUGCAUAUUUUUCGUGGCUCUUGUGUGCUUAAGACAAUAGAACAUUAAAACAUUAAUAACCAACAAUAUUAUUUAGAAAAAUACAACUACAUUUGGUUAUUUGACUAGAUUCAGAUGUCCACUUUGGCAUACAAACUUUUGAGUGCCAGUGUGACCUUUUAUGACCUUGUACAGUAUUAAAACUCAUGUGAGCACUGGGUUUCUUAAACUCAAGUUAAUAUUGUGAGAACCGGGCAAGGUUAAUUCCCAGUUUCACUGUUGGUUGUCAUCACCUGGUGUCUGUAUGUAUUACUCAUAGUGCUGUAAUACAAUCCUCUAUUGAAAAGGCGAGUGCUGUCGGCUUUUACAUUUCGUGUGACCGAGCACAUUGUUUGUUUAACGCUUAUUUUCAGUCGCUUCAUUUAUUUAACAUGAAAUUGAAAUAUAAACAGUACAUAUCCCAUUCCCUCCCAGUGGAUCGCUCAAAUAUUUCAGUGUAUUUUACGAGACUAUUUUUACAAGGAAAAAUUGCUCGCUAGGUUUGUGAGAUAUUUCUCAUUUUUUUAUUGUUUCACAGUAGGCCUUGCAAAGGGAGACCGUGAGCCAUAAAAUGUGCGUUGUGUAAAUUUAGGAGAACACUGAAAUGUCUAGAAAAUAUUUUUUACUUUUUCAUUUUGGAAAUCAUUGAUUAUUUUUAAUCUAAACUAAAAUGUAAUUACGCAAAUUCUCUUUGAUAUAUAAAUCAUUUUACAAAAAAGAAAAAAAGAAAAAUAAUAUUUUAAAACAUAAAAAAAGUUUUAUUGUUAUCUCUUUUGUCAAGAAAUGUAUUUCAGAUGCACUUUUGAAGAAAAAAAGUGUUACUAUGUUGUAUGUAAAUGUAAAUUCUAUAUAAAUCGAUAGGUAAAUAUGAGUAAUCUCUGUUUUAAAGAAUGACAGCUUAAAGUUAUAAGCGUGCAUGUGUGUGUGGGGGGGGGGGGUUAUUUUGAGUAAAUUUUGUAUAGUGCAACAGAGUGACCAAAGCAAUGCAGAUUUAAAAAAUAAAAAUAAAAAAUAUUAUUUAAAGAAGUUACAUUUUACAGUAGCACUUACUACCCAACUCUAGUACUUUAUUUUAUCUAUUUCAAAUUUUAUUUUAUAAAGAUUUAGGUUUUGGUCGCAUGUAUAAUGCUGUAAAAUUAACUAGCCUUUACAAAAACAGAUAGAUAAAAAAAAGAAGAAAAAAAAAGACAGCUGUGUGUAUACAUAAUGUAUCAAAACCUGAGAUUUUGCACUACUCUAAUACUGGCCUGACAUAGUCUAUUUUGUACAAAAAAAUUAAUGCAAAUACUAUCUUUAAAGAUUAAGGGCAAAUCAUAUUUCACUGGUAUAUGUCUUUCAUUAAAGUCUUUUUUGUUUGUUUGUUUGUUUGUUUGCAUUUUAGUUAUAUGUAAAGUAAUCCAAUGUAUAAAGGGUAUACAAUGUCUAUUUGUUGAAAAAUUGGAUUUGUAUGACUUCUGUAUUACACCUCUCCUGUAGUCAAUGUUGAUCUUUACACCUAUUUGAUUAAAUGUUGGUCAAAAGUUG